AUGGUUUCUACUUGGAGCUCUGGAGCAAGUCUAUCGUCUCCAACGUGUGGAAAAAUAACCUCAGAGAUGCCAAACGAAAGUGCUGGUUUAACAUUCAUAGAUUUCUUACCUAAGUGUAGAGAGCCUGGCGGUCUGUUUUCUAAGCCUGUUUUUGAAACUUUUAGAACUGUAGUGGAUCGAGCGAACGAAUGGCACCGUUUGAAUCCACAAUGGGAAAUAAAGACUUGUGAAAGUGUGGAAUUUAAAAACAAAGGAGAAAACGUUGAUUAUGAAAAAAUGACAUAUUUUGAGCACGGUGAAGGUGAAACGUGGUUUAUUAGAGGUUUAAGGUUGUGGAUUGUCAAACGAGAUAGCACUAAUGAAAGAAUUCGAGAAAUAGGAUUUAUAAAUAUCGUUCCUGAAGAAAGAUCUGAAAAGGGAAGGUUUUCGACUUCAUUUGAAAGACUCCAGGAUGUUAUAUCUAAAUUUAAUUCCAAAAUAACGGAAAAUCCUAUUCCGGGUCGCAUCGUCACUAUAGAAAGUCAAGAAAUGAAGAUGACCACAAUGGGUGAGUUUGACCCCGACCAAUCUAACUGGGAAGAAAGAGGGAAUAUGAACAAACGUUUCAUCUUCAUUAUUCGAAUUUUCUUUGAGAUAAUGAAUGGGAUUCCAGAAGAGAUCGGAGUUGCAGACUUUUCUCCUGAUGUCGUUAAAAAGAGAGGAAUCUUUUCCCUUCCUGAAUAUGAACCUUUUUCCAACGUAGUCAAAAAAGCGUCGGACUGGUGUGCUCAGCACACUGGAUUGAAAUUUGUCAAUGCACAGUCCCUCGAAAUUAAAAUUCCUGCCGAUUCUUCUGGUGAUGAUGUUGAUACGCAAAAAAUGCAUUAUACAGAGCAUGGAUCUCGAUCUACGUUCUAUAUACGAAUCGUUAGAGUUGCUUAUACUAAAAUUGUCCAAGACGUGAAUAUUAGCAAAAAACAGCCAUCCUCUCUUACCCAGCUAACAUGCAAAACAUUUGUCCCCGAGCAGUUAUCUACAGGUUUAUUUGUUCCGGAAUUUGAAAACCUCACUAAAACUAAGCAAAGAAUUUCUGCUUGGGUGAAAGCAACUGGAGCACUAGUGGUUAGUGCAGAGACAGCUGCUGUACGUGUUUCUACUGGGGGAGAGGCAAAACACGGUCCGGAGGCAAGCUUCACUUUUAACGAAACGGAAAAAGAUGAAUACUGGAUUUUUGUAAUUCGACUCUACCUAAACGGACAAUACAAUGAUCCUCCAAGCAAUUUGUUGCCUCCUUUGACAGAAAUUGACGAAUCUUGCUGUGUUUUAUGUUGA